AUGUGUUGCCUGGUCCUGUGGCACGUUAUGGCAGACACUGUCCUGGCCACAUCAACCGAUGCAGUAGCAGGCCAUCCAAUGCUUGAUGCAUUCGUGGCUGCUGGCGUCGACUCUGAUGAACCCGGCACCACGCUGUGGCUUUCAGAUUAUAAGCUCAUGUCAGGGUGUGGCACAACUUCGGCAGAAUCCCCAGAUGUGGAUGAAAUCAUCCCUGGAAUUAUCGACAAAGCCCUAGAAACGGCCCGACAUGACCGUAGUCGCAUCCUGGAGUACGUGGACGACCACGUGUCGAUUGGCGACAACCAGGGCCUGAUUGUGCGCGGGGCGACCAUCACAUGCUUCGUUGCAAGCAGGUCUUCGGCUGACACCUGGGCUCCUGCGGCGUAUGCAGCACAUAUUGCCGCAUACGCUCCCCGCGGGUCCCCCUCGGAGCUGCCCGCAGAUCCCAGGCUGGGCCCCAACAUGUCCUUGCUGGUUGAAGCCGACGUCAUGGAACUGCCAGUCAGAGGCGCGCUCUUCACACCUCGCCACUACUGUUUCGACUUUGCCAGUGAUGACGUCCAGGCUGUGGAGCCUUCCUUUGAUGGCUUCUUUCCGACGUUCGCGAAGACAGUCAGAAAGAUGCCUGUCUGGUACAGGCGGGGGCUUCAGAGGGUUACUGCUCAGUCAAACCGCUUGGUCCCUAUGCCCAGAUGGGCAAAAAGCAGGCGCAUGCCAAGCCACAUGUUCAUGCGGGAUGCAUUUCGUGACCCCAAAGCCGAACUCCUCCACCUUAUUGAGAAGGCGCGCAACAGCACCUGCAGCCACGAAUGCUUGUUCCAAGAGUUGAACUGCAGCAAAGAUGACCUGCUGGAGGCGUUGAAGCUGGUCGAUGAGCGUCCUUGCACAGCCACGGCAGAAAGCUUGGGGCAGUUUCUGUGGCUGCAGCAGGUCAUCGAAAACCACAUGAACGCAACCGAGGUUGGUUCUGAUUAUAUUGUUAGCUGGCCUUUUGUGCUGUCUCCAUCAAUCGCAGCACGUGGCAAGACCUAUCUCGGGAGUGCGGGGCAGUGGAACCCAUUCAGCGGACAGAAUGAGUCGAAAGCACCUGACACGAGGAUUGAUGUAUACAGCUGCAUUUGCAACGACAGGCCAUUCAUGCAUUGUGACAAGGUGCUCCUGAUAAGAGCAAUGGCCUUCCCUGGUGCGGUUCAGCGGCGCCUGCAUGAGUAUGCCGGCACUCCAACGACUCCAUGGUGGCGUUCCCCCUAUAUUUUUCCACGUAACUUUCAGGCCAACAAAGAGUACUUUCAGGAGCAAGAGACAUUGUGGGAAUCGGGCACAAAGCUGCAACUGGCAGUUCUUGCCACUGGAAAUUUGACCCAGAAAAGGGUCGGAAGGACGGCUGAUUGGUUGAUGGUGACAGAGUUUGACAAGCCUGGCCCCUUGAGGGAGCUCAUGAUUGCACAGUACGACUCAGCGCAUGAAGUCUACGACAGAGCUGCAGAACAAUUGGAUGUUGAGUCCCCUUGUAAAGAUGUCGCAAGUGAUACCGAUCUGCUGAUCAUGGUGGGAGCCAUGGCUGCAGCAGCUUGUGGUGGCUCUCAGGCCAUUGCGCAGUCAGUGCACACGGCCCUCCGCUGGGUUUGCUUGGCUUGGAUGGGGGGCCGGACAGCUAAGCCUGCCAGCGGAUGUCGGCGCUUCCUGCCCUCGUACGAGUUGUGUCUUGCUUCGCUUUGGCUUGCUGCCUCUGUGCUUUGCUACUAUCCUGCUCUCGAUCAACUGCAAAAGGAAAAGGCCGUGUCCCAAUUCAGCCACAGCGGUGUUGACAUGGUGGCGCGCUAUGGAGGAUGGCAGAGCACCGACCCUGUCGAUGGCGGGAGAUCAGUACUGGUCACGCUCGCGCAUGCAACGUCGAAGUGCGAAGAGCAUCGGUUCAAUUUGAUAUCUUGCUUGUUCGCUGCUGGGGUUCUCUUUGGCAUCCUCGCGAACAGUCCUUUCUUCUUCCGUGCCCGAGCUGCCUGGAAACGGUACGUAGACGGGAUUUUCUCGAAGGAGCGCCAGACUGCCAGAGAUUCUUGGGUCACAGAUGAAAAGCUUGCCUUAUUCGAUGGCUCUCCUCCGCUCGAGUCAGCUGGCCCGGCAUCGCCAGUGGCCACAGUGUUGCCGGUCGUUGGUCCAGUACCAGUUGGGAGGAUGAGGAUUAGUUUGUAG